CGAUGAGGCAGUUUUUCGAUGUGAAGUUUGGAACCGAGCCCUUCUUGAUGACAAGAAAUUAAUUUCGACGAUGACCCUAAGUGUUAACUAUUUUCCUCGAGUUGAAAUAGGACCAGAAAAUCCCUUACGUGUUGAAAGGGAUUCCCAAGCCACCCUCCGGUGUUCCGUAGACGCCAAACCGAAAGUUACGACCAUUAGAUGGACCAGGAACAACAGGUUUAUAAGCUCAUCCUACAAUCACACAAUCCAUAGAGUAAGCGUACAGGAUGCUGGCAAAUACACAUGUAUGGCAGACAACGGUCUGGGUAAAGUAGGAGAACAGGAAAUAACAUUAGACGUAUUAUAUCCACCAAUAGUAACUCUAGAAGCAAAGACCAAAGAAGCCGAAGAAGGUGAAUCGGUAUUUAUAAAGUGCAACAUCAGCGCUAAUCCAGACCCAAUAACAGUAGAAUGGGUUAAAGACGGUAAACCAGACUUCCGGUUUGCGGGCGACACCUUGAAACUUAGUCAUGUGACUGCUGAACAUUCUGGCACCUAUAUUUGUCGAGCUGUCAAUAUUAUCAGUCCAAGUGCCCCUCCACUAAGAAUGAAUGAGAGAGUUGGAAAUGCUUCGAUAGCGCUCUUAGUCAGACAUCACCCCGGUAGAGCUAGGAUAAUGCCUGACAAACCAGUAGCUACUGAGGGAUCUCCUGUCACUUUGACUUGCACUGCCACUCCACCAGGUUGGCCAGCACCUCAAUACCGUUGGUUUAGGAUAGAUCCCAGUGGUCAGACAACGAUCCUAGCCACAGGAACUAAAUAUACUAUAUCCAACGCUAACUUGGUUACAGAAGGCAUCUAUCACUGUCAAGCAACUAACGAAUUAGGUCCAGGAGAACUAGCUUCAGUUUCAUUAGAAGUCCAUGUGCCUCCUAGUUUUAAAAGCAAACUAAAACCUUUGGAGAUUAAACGUGUUGGUGAUAGUGGAUUCGUAGUGGCUUGCAGUGCAAGAGGAAAACCACGUCCUAUGGUUAAGUGGUUAAAGGACGAAGAGGAAUUGACACCUGACGCUAACAUGUUCGAAGUAAAGACUGAUUAUGUAGAAACUAGUAAUGGAGCAGUUAGUGUACAAAGUAUUUUGAAAUUUUCUGGCAAAGCUAGACCUAACGGAAACGAGUUGUUGCCCUCAGACAGAGGCGUUUACUCCUGUAUGUUUGAAAAUGAAGUGAAAAGAACAGAAUCGACGAUGCAUCUGAAAAUUGAACAUGAACCCAUUGUAUUGCACCAUUUCAACAAAGUUGCAUACGAUUUAUCUGAACAUGCCGAAGUUGUAUGCAAAGUUCAAGCAUUUCCAAAACCAGAGUUCAAAUGGUUCUAUGGAGCCAAUAUCAAUCCCCUGCAUUCAUCAUCUGAAGGACACUAUGUCGUUCAUUCUUCGAGCGAAGAAGACAUAUAUACAAGUGUUUUAAAAAUAAAUAAAAUUGAGAGGUCCGAUUAUGGAGAAUAUACCUGUCAAGUCAUCAAUAACCUAGGAGCAAUCGAUACUAAAAUUAAACUUCAACCUAAAGGUCCUCCUGAGAAGCCUUCUAAACUUGCAUCACUGUAUGACGGGUUUAACUUCGUCACACUAGGAUGGGAACCUGGAUUUAACGGAGGGAUUUCUAAUACUAAAUAUGUUGUGUAUUAUAGAAAGAUUGCUAGUGAUAAUGAUAUUGUUAUUGAAGGUUGUAAUAAUAUACCUAGAAGUGUCGAAUGGAAUGAAGUUGACUGCUUCCAAAGUGUGCCAUGUAAUGUAUCCCAUCUGGAGCAAUAUCAGACGUAUCUCUUUAAGGUUAAAGCUAUUAAUACAAAAGGCAGCAGCGAGAACUCGCAGGAAAUUAAAGAAAGAACGCGAGUGAACAAAAUCCCACUGCCUCAAAGUGUAGAAUUCGACAAAAACUCGAAUACUUUAGGCAUCAACGUUCCAGCUACUUGUCUCCCUCUAGUUGCUGUUGUAGAAACAGUUAGCAAUGAAAAUCAUCCAAUCACAGCCUGGCAAGUCAUUGAUACGAUGGAGCUUCAAGUUUCUGGACUUGCCCACACUUUUAAAGAAAAAAGCCUUGACCAAAUGGGUUCGAAGUUCUAUAAUGGAAGAGCAUUGAUAGAUGAACCUAUCGGAGUUAAUGACGACUAUGUACCAAGAAUCCGAGUGAAGUUGUGUCUUCAAACUCAUCCGGAACAUUGUGGAGAAUUCGUUGAUGCAGAAUUUGGUACUGGUUCAAUAAGAGAAGCAUCAGCUAUGACUACACCAACUGUAAUAGCCAUAGUAGUAGCUUGCAUUGUACUGAUAUUGUUUGCUGGCCUCCUUCUAGUAUUCUGUAGAUGUAGGAAAACUGAAUCUUCCAAAAAAGCACAAUCAAAAGAUUACGAAAUGGAUUCUGUACAACCAACCAUUGUUCCCCAACAAAAUCAAGCACCUCCUCCAUAUUAUCCAUCCUCUGGUAUGGAUAAUAAAGCAUUGGAGCAUUCUUUGGAUUUGGCACUCGCCUUAGAAGAUCAAAAAUCUGUAUAUGCUACCCAAAAUGGAUAUGGAUAUCAUGUGGCCAAUGCUGAUAUUCAAGCUAGGCAGAACAUUAACAACACAGAUUGGGCUAACAUGGGAUACAUCGAGAAUAGUUACUCCAACUCAAACAAUGGUGGAAGUGUGAACUCCCAGGAUUCCCUAUGGCAGAUGAAAAUGGCAGCAGCUUCCAGUAACUCAAACAAUCAACUACAACAACAUCACAUGAACGUUGAUCGACAAAAUUAUGGAUACGAUCCUAUAACUCAUGGUGGAUAUGGAGCAGUGGAUGAUUAUGCUCCAUACCCACAUAUAACGACACAAAGCAAUCAUGGCGAUGAAUAUAUCAGAAAUAGUAAUAACCCGUCCAGACAAGACUAUUGUAGUGAUCCUUACGCUUCAGUUCAUAAGCCUAAAAAACGUGUUGAAAUAGAAUCUCCAUAUCAUGACGUAAGCGGCCUACCUGACCCGUACUUAGAGCAAAUGGAAGACGAAAAACCACCACAGCAUAUGUCUCUUAGUUACGAAGAAAGUCUAGAAAGCGGCUAUUCGACUCCCAAUUCUAGAACACGACGAGUCAUCCGAGAGAUAAUCGUGUAAGAGUUUUAAGUGUUGCCUACUGUUCUCUACUAUCGAACCUUCACAAUUUCUAUGUUUUUUGUUAAAAGUUUAUAUUCACUCACCUGAAGGUCUGUAAUUUGAUAUUAAUACUCAGUAUUUAAUGUUAAUGAAAAUCGAUGCAUUUAAGAUACGCGUGCUUUUUAUUCAUACGAGAAAAACAAUAUGAUGUAUUUCUCAUUUUUGUUUUAUAUACCAUAUGUGCCAAAGACGAAAGAGUUUCUAUUACACACUGAAUCUAGAGAAAUUGUAAUAGGUAUAUUUUCGAUUAGGUGCAUAUUAUAAUAUGAUUUUUCGGUUCAGUUUACCGAAAGUACAAGCUGAAUGUAGCCGCAAAUGUCAAACAGGAAAUAAAAUAUUUGGGUUUGGCAGUGUUGGAUGUUUUUAUAAUGCAUAUGUUGUAUGCUUCAAAUAUAAAGAGAGAACGCUUUUAAAAAGUACAUUUUGAUUAUACUAUUUUAUAAAUUCUGCAAUUUUUAAUUUGUAUGAAACAAUAACGAGUAAAUAUUUGUCUCUUUCAAGAUUAAUUGCAAAGAUCUGUUGCAAUCUGGCAACUGUUGAUUUGACGAUUGCCAAAUCUAUCCCCUAAUCUCCAAGACACAAAUAUUUACUCAUUCUUAUUUUAUAUAAAUCAAAAAUUGCAGAAUUCAUAAUAUAAUAUAAUCAAAAUGUACUUUUCUA